AAACACGGAUCCAUCUGUUGUUAAUCCCAAAUAGAUUUUCUAGGGUUCCAAUUUGUGAUCGUUAUACUUCAAUCAAACAGUGUAAUUGGUUGAAUAAGAUUCAAUAAAUGGCAAACAGCAACAAGCGAGAUGAACCCUUAACAGCUCCACCGGUCGAUCGAUGGUUUGACCUAACCCUAGGUUCCUCUUUUCAAGACAAUCCUUCCUCCAAAUUCUGCACUCUUCGCUAUGAAUUUAAGCCAGCAUCUAUCGAUAAAAACCAACCUGGGAAAUUGCACAAAACCAAAGAUAACAAGGUCGCUGUUGAAUUCCAGAACAAUCUCCCAGGGAAACCCAAAGUGAGCUUUGAAGGUAGUAGUGAAGAUUACAAAGACAAUGAUGCAGUUUUGUUCUUCGAUGGAACAAGUUUUAGGUUAGAAAGACUUCACAGAUCAGUUAAGCGAUUGAGACAUGUCCGCCAACCUGGCGAGUCUGCAGCAGUGGCUGCCGCCACUUUACCACCACCUGAAGCCAGUUCACCACCACUUGGAAAGGGAUCAAAAUCUCAAUCUUCAAACAAGAACUUACUUCCUCCAUCAGUUGAAGUUGAAAGAAUUGAAAUUGGCAACUUUAAAGGCUAUGAUGGGAAACCCCGAGAAGAAAAAGUUGUUGAAGAUCCAUUCAACCCAUCAAAUUCUCUCUACACAUCACCAGAUCCCAAGAACGAUGAUGACCUGGACGAACAGCUGGACAUACUCAAUGAUGACGAGGAAGAAAUCGAUAUCAACAUAGAAACAGAAACAGAACCCAAAAGGCAACAACAAGCAUUCACUGGAAUUGACAUCAACAUUCCUCAUCAAAACGAAAGUGAUGAUGAAAUUGCAGAAGUUGAUGUUAGUGAUGAUGAAGGGGAUGAAGGUCUUAAUGCUGCAGAAGCCCUUAGAGCACAAGUGAAUGCUGAGGAAAGAAAAGAAGGGUCUUCGAGUGAGAGUGGGAGUAGUAGUAGUGGAAGUGGCAGUGGCAGUAGCAGUAGCAGUAGCAGUGACAGUGACAGUAGUGAUGGUGAUGGUGAUGGUGACUCUGUAAACUCUAUUUAAGAAGUUUUUAUGUUUUCGGUUCUUGUAAGUUGAGUAAAAGUAUUACCAAGAUUGUUGUAUGUCAUAUAAGCUAAAAAGUUGAAAAAAAAAAAUCAAAUGGUAAUUGGUUAUGGAAUCUUUAGGCUAAAAAUUGCAAUAAUUGGUAAAAACUAUAUAAAAGUCUUUAAGGAGAUGAGGUUUUAGA